AUGGCUGCUGUUGUGGACCUGCCUUUUGCUCUGCCGCCGGCACCGGCGAACUACGAGCCUGCUGCUGCCUCGACAUCGGGCGUGUCGCUCGACAAGACUGUGCUGACGCCCGUGGGCGAAGGCUUCCUGGGCUACUUCCGCCGCCGCCUCAACCAGCACUCGUUCGAACAGGACGAUGCGUUGAUGAAGCAGCGUCUCGCUGACCAUGAGGCCGCCAAUGCGGAGGUCGAUGAGCUGGACAACGACAUUGGCGAGGAGCCCGAAAGCGCCGAGCUUCUCGAAAGCGACCCGAAGGAGUGGAAGUCGCUCGACCACUACGCCGUGCUGGGUCUGUCGUCGCGCCGCUACAAGGCCACGCCCUACGAGAUCAAGAUUGCACACCGCAAGAAGGUGCUCAAGCACCACCCCGACAAGAAAGUCGGUGCGACGGGCCUUAGCGACGACUCGUUCUUCAAGUGUGUGGCCAAGUCGUUCGAGAUCUUGUCGAACCCCGAGAAGCGCCGCCAGUUCGACAGUGUCGACGAGGGCGUCGACGAUGACGACGUGCCGUCUGGCAAGGAGAGCCCUGAGCGCUUCUACGAGCUCUGGGGUCCUGUGUUCGAGCGCGAGGCUCGCUUCUCGAAGGAGACGCCCGUGCCGUCGCUUGGCCACGCAGAGAGCUCCAAGGAAGAAGUGGACGACUUUUACAACUUCUUCUACAACUUUGACAGCUGGCGCAGCUUCGAGUACCUGGACAAGGAGGUGAACGAGGGCAGCGACAACCGUGACGACAAGCGCUACACGGAGAAGAAGAACCGCAACGAGCGCGCCCGCCGCAAGAAGGAGGACAACGCUCGUCUGCGCAACCUCGUCGACAAGGCGCUGUCUGUCGACCCUCGCAUCAAAGCGUUCCGGGCGGCGGAGCGCGCUGCGCGUGAGGCCAAGAAGAACAAGGGCCGCCCCGGCAUGCCUGGUGGCCAGAGCGCUGCCGACAAGGCCGCCGAGGAGAAGCGCAAGAAGGAAGAGGCCGAGAAGGCUGCACAGGAGGCCAAGGCCAAGGAGGAGACAGAGAAGGCGGAGCGCGAGGCCGCCAAGAAGGUGCGCGAGGCCGCCAAGAAGAACCUCAAGCGUGAGAAGAAACUCAUCCGCAACAUUGUCACGGGCGCCAACUACUUCCAGCCUGAGGGUGCCACGCCCUCGGCCGCCGUGCUGGAGAAGCAGCUCGACGCUAUUGACAAGCUCUGUGGUGCGCUGGAGCCAGAGCAGGUGCAGACCCUCCGCGAGGCUUGCGAGAAGGGCACAGACGCCGCCAAGGAGGCUCUGAACCAGGCCUGUGCCGACAAAGGUCUGGGCGACGCUUUUGCCUAG